CCCCGCCUUCUGAUGUCAUUAACUCGACAGGGUGAGUGAGGCGUUCCACAAGGUGGCUCCUGAGGAGGGAGGUCACGUGAUGGUUUCAAUAUGGCGCCGCCGUGUUGCUGUCUAGCCUCAAUACCUCCACCUCUGAGGGAAUCGCGCUUCUUCCGGCUCAUGGAGUUCCUCCGCGGCCGGAACCUUUGAGCGCCAAUCCCGCUCCGGUAAGGGUAGGCCGGCACGAAGGUCUUUUUAAGUGCGAGAAAGCCAUGCAGUUCCCGGCCCGCGAGGAGAACACUCGCACGAAGAGUAUGUUCGUCUCACGGGCCCUCGAGAAAAUCCUUUCCGAGAAGGAGGUGAGGCGGCCCCCUCACGGACAGCUGAGGAGAGCUUGCCAAGUGGCACUUGAUGAAAUAAAAGCAGAAUUAGAAGAACAAAGCCAAGGCAGCGAAACCAUACCAAAAGCAAACUUCAUUGAAGCUGAUAAAUAUUUUCUCCCAUUUGAGUUGGCCUGUCAGUCAAAAUCUCCACGGAUUGUCAGUACCUCUUUGGAUUGUUUACAGAAACUCAUUGCCUAUGGACAUAUCACUGGCAAUGCUCCAGACAGUGGAGCUCCUGGAAAGCGCCUGAUUGAUCGCAUAGUUGAAACAGUAUGCAACUGCUUUCAGGGUCCUCAGACUGAUGAAGGAGUACAGUUACAAAUAAUAAAGGCUCUUCUCACUGCUGUCACAUCUCCAUAUAUAGAAAUUCAUGAAGGAACAAUCCUUCAGACCGUUAGAACUUGUUAUAACAUCUACCUGGCCAGUAAAAAUCUCAUUAAUCAAACAACUGCCAAGGCUACUCUCACUCAAAUGCUGAAUGUCAUUUUCACACGGAUGGAGAACCAGGCUAUACAAGAGACGAGAGAACUAGAAAAAUCAAAUCAACAAAAAUCCCAAUCGCCUAUGAUUCAUACCGUGUCAGGGUCUCCUAAAUUUGGCCGAUUGAAAUAUAGUCAACAAGAAAGCAAACCCUCAACUCCUGUGAAAGCAGCCUUGACUAAUGGAGAGCCUGAAAAAAAAGAAAAUGGAGAUGACAAACCACAGGAUGAUUCCAUUUCUGCAGUACUUGAAGAAGAAACUGAUGGAGGCAAAGAAAUUGUUAAAGAAAUCUUGGAGGAUGUGGUCACUUCAGCGGUUAGAGCCUCUUUAGAUGAAGAACUUCUGAAGCAAACUCUGCCUGAAUCAAGUAGGAUUUUGUCUGAGCUGGGAACUGUAGUUCUUGCCUCUCCAGGUGGCAGUCAUGAAAAUCAGCAAGCAAAUGGAAUUUCAGAUGAUAGACAGUCUGUGUCCUCCACAGAUAAUCUGGAAACUGAUGUCCCUGGGCCUCAGACAGCUGCCAAGUUCUCCCAUAUCCUUCAGAAAGAUGCCUUUCUUGUAUUCCGGUCAUUGUGCAAACUUUCAAUGAAACCACUUGGUGAUGGGCCUCCAGAUCCCAAAUCUCACGAAUUGCGUUCUAAAAUAGUAUCACUUCAACUGCUGCUUUCGGUUUUACAAAAUGCUGGUCCAGUCUUCAGGACACACGAAAUGUUUAUAAAUGCAAUCAAGCAAUACCUCUGUGUAGCAUUGUCUAAAAAUGGAGUGUCUUCUGUUCCUGAUGUGUUUGAGCUCUCUCUUGCAAUCUUCCUCACCCUUCUUUCAAAUUUUAAGAUUCACUUAAAAAUGCAAAUUGAGGUGUUUUUCAAAGAGAUCUUCCUGAACAUUUUAGAAACUUCUAGCAGCUCUUUUGAGCACAAGUGGAUGGUUAUUCAGACUCUGACUAGGAUUUCUGCAGAUGCCCAGUGUGUAGUGGACAUAUAUGUUAACUAUGACUGUGACUUGAAUGCUGCUAAUAUCUUUGAACGGCUUGUAAAUGAUUUAUCUAAAAUUGCACAAGGACGUAGUGGACAUGAGUUAGGCAUGACACCACUGCAGGAACUAAGUCUAAGGAAGAAAGGUCUUGAAUGUUUGGUCUCUAUUUUAAAGUGCAUGGUUGAAUGGAGCAAGGACCUAUACGUUAAUCCAAAUCAUCAGGCCAGCCUUGGCCCAGAUAAACCUUCAGACCAAGAAAUAGGGGAAGGAAGAUGUUUGGAAAUUGGGGGGCGAAGAAGCAGUGCAAGUUCUUUAGAUUCAACUGUAUCCUCGGGAAUUGGCAGUGUUGGAAUCCAGUCUGGUAUUGUUGAUGAUCCAGAACAAUUUGAGGUCAUCAAGCAACAAAAGGAGAUAAUUGAACAUGGGAUUCAGCUAUUUAACAAGAAAUCUAAGAGAGGACUACAGUAUUUGCAAGAGCAGGGAAUGCUUGGAGAAACAGCAGAAGACAUAGCACAGUUUUUUCAUCAAGAAGAACGCCUAUGUUCUAGCCAAGUGGGAGAAUUUCUGGGGGACAGUAACAAAUUUAACAAGGAGGUGAUGUAUGGCUACGUAGACCUGCUUGAUUUCUGUGGAAAGGACUUUGUCUCUGCUUUACGCAUAUUUCUGGAAGGAUUUCGGUUACCUGGUGAAGCUCAGAAGAUUGAUAGACUAAUGGAAAAGUUUGCUGCUAGAUAUAUUGAAUGCAACCAAGGCCAAACUCUCUUUGCCAGUGCCGACACUGCUUAUGUUUUAGCAUAUUCUAUUAUAAUGCUGACAACAGACCUGCAUAGCCCUCAGGUAAAGAAUAAGAUGACAAAAGAACAAUACAUUAAAAUGAACCGUGGGAUCAAUGACAGCAAAGAUCUUCCAGAAGAUUAUCUGUCUACAAUCUAUGAUGAAAUAGAAGGAAAGAAAAUUGCAAUGAAGGACACAAAAGGAUAUGCAAUCACAACCAAAUCUACUAAACCGAGUGUAGCCAAUGAGAAGCAGCGACGGUUGUUAUACAAUUUGGAAAUGGAACAAAUGGCAAAGACUGCUAAAGCCCUCAUGGAGGCAGUAAGCCAUGCAAAGGCACCCUUUACUAGUGCAACCCAUCUGGAUCAUGUCAGACCUAUGUUCAAACUUGUAUGGACUCCAUUACUUGCUGCUUAUAGUGUUGGUCUUCAGAACUGUGAUGACACUGAAGUGGCCUCAUUAUGCUUAGAAGGAAUACGAUGUGCUAUCCGAAUAGCCUGCAUUUUUGGCAUGCAGCUUGAGCGAGAUGCUUAUGUUCAGGCACUUGCUCGCUUUUCCUUGUUGACUGCCAGCUCCAGCAUCACAGAAAUGAAACAGAAGAACAUAGAUACAAUUAAAACACUUAUUACAGUGGCACACACUGAUGGCAAUUAUCUGGGAAAUUCCUGGCAUGAGAUUCUAAAAUGCAUCAGCCAGCUGGAGUUAGCACAGCUGAUAGGAACUGGAGUUAAAACACGCUACCUGUCUGGGUCUGGUCGUGAGAGGGAAGGAAGUCUCAAAGGUUUUACAUCUGGAGGAGAAGAUUUCAUGGGACUUGGACUGGGUAACUUUGUUGGUGGAAGUGUUGAUAGAAGACAAAUAGCCAGCAUUCAGGAAUCUGUGGGAGAAACCAGUUCUCAAAGUGUGGUAGUAGCAGUGGACAGGAUAUUCACUGGUUCUACUAGACUAGAUGGAAAUGCUAUAGUUGAUUUUGUUCGAUGGUUGUGUGCGGUUUCCAUGGAUGAGUUGGCUUCCCCUCACCAUCCCCGGAUGUUCAGCUUACAGAAAAUAGUUGAAAUCUCCUAUUAUAACAUGAAUAGAAUUAGACUGCAGUGGUCUAGGAUAUGGCAUGUAAUUGGAGAUCAUUUUAACAAGGUUGGCUGCAAUCCUAAUGAAGAUGUGGCAAUUUUUGCAGUUGAUUCUUUGAGGCAACUGUCAAUGAAGUUUCUUGAAAAGGGGGAGUUAGCCAAUUUCAGAUUUCAGAAAGACUUUUUGAGGCCUUUUGAGCAUAUCAUGAAGAAGAACAGAUCCCCAACUAUUCGGGACAUGGUAAUACGCUGCAUUACUCAGAUGGUGAACUCUCAAGCUGCUAAUAUUCGCUCAGGGUGGAAAAAUAUCUUUGCUGUGUUUCAUCAAGCAGCAUCUGAUCAUGAUGGGAAUAUUGUGGAGUUGGCAUUCCAGACAACAGCACAUAUAGUUACUACUAUCUUUCAACAGCAUUUUCCUGCAGCCAUAGAUUCAUUCCAGGAUGCUGUCAAAUGUUUAUCAGAGUUUGCCUGCAAUGCUGCCUUUCCAGAUACCAGUAUGGAAGCAAUUAGACUUAUUCGUUACUGUGCAAAAUAUGUUUCUGAAAGACCACAGGUUUUGAGAGAAUACACAAGUGAUGACAUGAAUGUAGCACCUGGAGACAGGGUUUGGGUUAGAGGAUGGUUCCCUAUUUUGUUCGAACUUUCUUGUAUCAUCAAUCGGUGCAAGCUAGAUGUGCGGACAAGGGGUCUAACAGUUAUGUUUGAAAUCAUGAAGAGCUAUGGCCAAACCUUUGAAAAGCACUGGUGGCAAGAUCUAUUUCGAAUUGUAUUUAGAAUAUUUGACAACAUGAAGCUUCCAGAGCUGCAAACAGAGAAAUCUGAAUGGAUGACUACCACCUGUAAUCAUGCACUUUAUGCAAUCUGUGAUGUAUUUACCCAGUUCUAUGAAGCUCUGAAUGAAAUUCUUCUUGACGACAUAUUUACACAGUUACACUGGUGUGUAAAACAAGACAAUGAACAGUUGGCUCGAUCAGGUACAAACUGCUUAGAAAGUCUGGUAAUAUUAAAUGGGCAAAAAUUCAGUCCUGAAGUUUGGGACCAAACCUGCAAUUGUAUGCUAGAGAUCUUCAAAACUACCAUUCCUCAUGUUUUGUUGACAUGGAGGCCAGCAGGAAUGGAAGAUGAUUCAUCUGAAAAACACCUGGAGGUAGACCUGGAUCGCCAGUCUUUAAGUAGUAAAAAUGCUUCAGAAAGAGGGCAGAGCCAGUUUUCAAAUCCCACAGAUGACAGCUGGAAAGGAGGCCCUUAUUCAAACCAGAAACUCUUUGCCAGCCUCCUCAUAAAAUGUGUGGUCCAGCUGGAAUUGAUUCAGACAAUUGACAAUAUAGUAUUUUACCCAGCAACAAGCAAGAAAGAAGAUGCUGAACAUUUGGCUGCUGCUCAGAGGGACACACUAGAUACAGAUAUACACAUUGACACUGAAGACCAGGGAAUGUACAAAUUCAUGUCUUCCCAGCAUCUGUUCAAGUUACUGGAUUGUCUGCAAGAGUCCCAUUCAUUUUCAAAAGCUUUCAACUCAAAUUAUGAACAAAGGACUGUCCUAUGGAGGGCAGGGUUCAAGGGCAAAUCAAAGCCCAACCUUUUAAAACAAGAGACCAGCAGUUUGGCUUGUUGUCUAAGAAUUCUCUUCCGAAUGUAUGUUGAUGAAAACCGCAGAGAUUCCUGGGAAGCUAUACAAGAGAGGCUCCUGAAUGUGUGCAGUGAAGCUUUAGCCUAUUUUAUCACUGUGAAUUCUGAAAGCCAUCGAGAGGCCUGGACCAAUCUCUUGUUGCUACUUUUAACAAAAACACUAAAAGUCAGUGAUGAAAAGUUUAAAGCACAUGCAUCAGCAUAUUACCCCUACUUAUGUGAAAUAAUGCAGUUUGAUCUGAUCCCAGAACUCCGAGCUGUGCUGAGGAAGUUUUUCCUGCGCAUUGGUGUAGUGUUCAGAGUUUGGAUUCCUGAAGAACACUUGCGAACAACAGGGACUCAAUCUCUUGCAUGGUAGUUCUGUGACUGCUGUUUACCAAAGCUUGAAUAAUGCUCAGUUCACUGAAUGAAAGCAUAAACAAAGCAAAGAAAAACUGAUAGGUCUCCAAAGAAAAAGAAACUACAAUAAUGUGAACAGCAGGGUUAUAUUGGUCAAUCUGGUAUUUCUGAAGGCUCUUUUAUUACUACUAUAAUUCUGGCUGUCCUAUAGGAAUAGCUGUUCACAUUUGACAAUUUAUUGCAGUAAAUGUCAAGUCAUUGUUACCAUUCAGCUUGUCUGCUCAAAUUGAUUUUGCAGUAGUUCCCUCUUAAUACCUUCCAGCUGUUUGCUCAUAAGCUGUUGGGAAUGAUGAAUGAAGACCCUUUAUAUAAGUCUGUGAUGAUAGCAAAUGUAUUAAUAAAUAUUUGAGAAGAUGGAAAUUUAUUUGAAAAUUGGCUGGAACGUUUCUCCACCAAGAAUCCAUACAGUUAAAAAUGACUUGGUGCUGUCUCUUCUUUUAAUACAGAUUUGAAUGACUUGGUGCUGUCUAUUGUGUAUAUCUGUAACAAGAUGGUGACUAGGCAGUAAUAUAUGUAGUCACCCAGUUAAAAUCCAAAGCAGUCUUUUAUCUCCAUAUCCCUUAUUGCUAAUUCUGCAGUACUUUGUAGAAUGUAAAUGGUAAAUCAUUUUCAGAGCAGCACUGUAUCUUCUCUAGGGCUGAUAGUUUUUCAUCAUAUGAAAAUUCCCUUGUUACUGGGUUACUAUCAAUAAAGCAAUCUGCAAAAUGUAUUAUGAAGGAAACACUCUCCCCAAAAAUUGUAGGAGAAAAUCAAUUCACACUGCCUUUUAAUUCAAUUAUUUUAUCUCUCAUGACUUGAAUGUUUAAGAAGUUUGAAAGCUUUGAAAAACGUUUCUGAUUCUUAAUCUCUAAUGAUUAUUAAAUAUUAAGCAAACGACAAACUCAAAUUCAGUGAUUAAUUUUGAAGUGCACAUUGAAUAAAUCAAAAUUUAUACUCAUAUUUCCCUUUUGGAGUAAUGUAUAGAUUAACAUUUGAGUAAAACUAUCUAUCUUCAAUGUGUUUUCAGAUAUUUCUAUUUUUGCUGCCAAACUGUGAGUUAUGGUUGUUUUAAUGGCUUGGUUAAUGCUUUAUUAUUAUAAGUUGUAUAAGACAGAAGAGUCUGGUUCCUAUUGGAACCACUUGAUUUAUUAAUAUAAGUGCACAUGUACUUGUGAAAGAAGUCUGCUUUCUGGGGCCAAUAGGAAGCAAAGUCACCAUUCUGUACUAUUGGCUCUUCGGAAUUUGGGUCCAAGGAGGGAUUUUAGUAUUAUAAUUAUUAUAAGACUAAGUUACUAUUCUUGGCCCAAUAAGAAAUAGUUUUGUAAUAUAUGGCAGGCAAAUUCUGUAUAGUUGUAAUAAUGUAAUGGUUUCUACAAGAAGACAGGCAGGAAGUAAUUUCUGUCCAAAUGUAUUAAAAAUGCGAAAGUAUUAAACAUACUUUUUCUUCUUAUUGGCCUGUAUUGAACUGUAAGGUCUUAGUGAAGUGGGGAGCAGGGAGACAUGGUAGGUGGGUGACAUCAGCCCUAAGAAAAAGUCCUGAAAAGGUUCCAUCCAACGUGACAAGUGAAACUUCUAGCUCUGUAAAUUGAGUCUGGCUACUAACACUGUUAUCGUUACAAAUAGGGAAGAGCUAUGGCAGGAUUUUCUUUUAAAUACUAGUGCGCUAUCUCAAAGGGUUUCAGUAAUAAAGUGGUAUAAGUUUUGCUUUUUGGGGGGGGGGGGGCAAUUCAUAGACAAAAAGUUUCUGACGUUUUAAUUUCUCUACCAAAGACUUUUGUACAUAGCAAGUGAAAAAUAUUGUUUUCUGUGAAAUAUGUUGGAAAACAUAUAAACAGUUCAUUAGAACAGAUUGUGAUAAAACAUUAGCUUACUUAUUUAGUUAUUUAUGUUUGCAGUGAAAAGAGGGAUUUCACUGUGUGCGGAAAAAAAGUUAUUUAUUUUUAUUUCCUGUUAUUUUAAUGCUUGUACUGACCAGAAUUCUUCUUUAAUUGGACUGGUUUUCCCCAUUUCUAUAAUUCUGAUGUCAAUAUGUUCUGCAAAUACAGCGUGGUCUUCAUCACUCUCUCUCUCUUGGUUAAAUGUUUUCUGUUCAGAUGUGCAUCUCGUUGACUUCAUUAAAGAAGCAUGGCAACACUGCAAGUAAUGUUUAGAACCUGAAUAAAAAGUGCAAUAUGCAUAGGGUUUAAAAUAGUUAUCUUCCAAAGUUUGGCAAUGUAAAGCACUGUGAAGAAGCUUCUUUUGUGUGAUCUUUACUUAUACUCAGAAUAGUCUGAUCAUAAAACUUAAAGCCUAGUCAGUAGUAUUAAAUUAUUCAUUUUCUUAGGAAAGCUUU